GUCCGGCAAAUCCCAAGAGGGAAUCAAUAUUUGGAGUCGUACGUGUUCCGCCAUGUUAGUCGGGCUACACCAGUGGAGAAACCCCCAUGGACGAGCUGUUUGGGGGCAGCUGGCUGGCGAGGCAUGCAUGGGGUUACAGGGAUACUCGGGGCCGUGACUUGCCAUAUCCACCCCUGUAACACGAGCACGCAUCAUUACUCAUAUCGUGGCUCGUUGCACGCCACGGAUUCAGAACGGGAAUUCGGGAGGGCACUUCCAGCGAGCUUAGGGAUGAAAAUACACGACAAUAGAAUCGAUGUAUUGAAAAAGAGAAAAAGAAGGAAAGAGAACACCUCCGUCUUCUUGCGCAAAUACGCAAACUUUUUCUGUACGUGUUGCAAUUACAAUAUGAAUAUCUUGUACAUAGUAUAUUAAUUAUCCUAUAAUUAUAUAUCUUAAUAAAUAUAAUAUUGUAGAGAUAUAAUUUAAAUGAUAUUUAU